CUUGAUUAUUCGGCUCUUUGUUGCUGAUUAGUCGUCUGGACUCAGUCGGCAUCCCUCCGUAGUCAUGGACUAACGUUGUUCCUGGCCAUGAGCCUCGGUAUCUUUCGCUCCGGGGGUUGCUCUCGGUUGUCUCGUCUGGCCCGGGGCGGCGAUGUCGAGGAGAACCUCAUCCUGUAUAUAACUCGCCAAUCCACCAUUGUGACAGACAUACUGAUACCUGGUUUUACAUUCAAUCUAUAAUUUCCUCCAUAAAUAGCUAUUUUACCAUGGAUCUACAGAGCUUAUUCGAUGUCAAGGGCAAAGUGGUGCUGGUCACUGGCGGAGCCAAGGGCAUUGGUCGCAUGAUCUCCGAAGGAUACGUGCGCAACGGGGCCACCGUUUACAUUUCGUCCCGCGACGUAAAGGCCUGCGAGCAAGCCGUAAAUGAGCUCAAUGCGCUGGGCAAGGGAAAGGCGCACGCUAUCCCGGCGGAUUUCUACAAAGAGGAAGACGUCAAGAAGCUCGCCGAGGAGCUUUCCAAGCGUGAAAGCAAACUCCAUGUCCUCGUGAACAACUCCGGAUCGAACUGGGGCGCCCCCUACGAUGAAUACCCGUCUGCUGCAUGGACCCGGGUCCUUACGCUUAACCUCCACCGUGUUUUCGACCUUACAAAGCUCGUCACGCCCUUGUUGGAGAAGGCUGCGGCGCCUAACGACCCAGCUAGAAUUAUCAACAUUGGCAGUAUUGAUGGCCUGAGAGUUCCUGCACUGGAAACAUUCGCCUACAGUGCUAGCAAGGCUGGCCUACAUCAUAUGAGCCGGGUGCUGGCAAACCACCUUGGAAGGAGGAAUAUCACGUCCAACACGCUUGCCUGCGGGCCGUUCGAGAGUAAGAUGAUGGCCGCUACCCUGAAGAACUUCCGGGAGCAGAUCGAGUCGAACGUUCCGCUUGGCCGCAUCGGUAGCCCCGAAGAUGUCGCAGGAGCUUGCUUGUUCUUGAGCAGCCGUGCAGGGGCAUAUGUGAACGGAGCGACUAUCUCGCUGGAUGGAGGUAGCCACAUCGCUGCUAAGAUGUAAUGUAUAUCUUUUCUGGAGCAUUAUAUAAAUCUUUUCAGAGUUGCUGGCCAAUCUUUUCGAGGUGUAAUCCUAAACUUCGGUUGGUUUUUCAUCCAUAAGAUGGACUAAAGCAAUGACAGACACUGUACUAUCUGCUGAGUCCGAAGAUUUCAACAUCAACGUUUUACCGUAAACUUUUCAUUUGUGGCCUGGAACAAUCUUGAGCUAUUACCGUUCUUCUUAGUCCCCUUACCUGCCUUUGUCAGUCAGAGGAUAUGCUUUUCGACCCUGGUCCUAAGAGUCUAUCAGCCGUCUCAUGAGAUAAUAUCUUUACUUAGUUUACCUAGAAACAGUACAAUGCAUAGAACGUAUCCAAUUUCC